AUGGUGUCCACUAAAUACCUAGCGACAGGCUGCAGUUUCAGGACUUUGGCUCACUACUUCAAAAGGGGUGAUAAAACCAUUGGUAAAGUCAUCGCAGAGACAACUGAAGCUAUAUGGAACUGUCUUCAACCACAAUUUUUACCUGUUCCCGACAACGAGAUGUGGAAGGAUGUAGCAGAGCGCUAUCAGGAACUAUGGAAAAUACCUAAUUAUAUCGGUUCAAUAGAUGGUAAACAUAUCAGAGUAAAGAAGUUUGCCAAUACUGGUUCACGCAAUUUCAAUUACAAAGGAUAUUUUUCAGUUCAGCUCUUAGCGUGUGCUGAUGCAGAUGGCUGUUUCAUAACUAUUGAUGUAGGUGAUCUUGGCAGAAAUAGCGAUGGGGGAGUGUUUCAUUCUUCUCGCCUAGGUAGGUGGCUACAGUCUGGCGGUCUGGAUUUACCAACACUAAAGCCUUUGCCCAAUGAUGAAGAUGAAAUUGCCAUUCCUUAUUUCUUUUGUGCUGAUGGGGUAUUUCCUCUCAAAUCCUACAUCAUGCGACCAUACCCAAAAUCAACCUUAACAAACAAGAAACGAAUUUUCAAUUAUAGGUUGAGCAUUGCUCGUAAGUCAGUGGAGUGUGCUUUUGGUAUGCUCACAUCAAAGUUCCGUGUAUUUGAAACGCCAAUCCAUUGUUCAGAGCAAACAGUUAUAUCAAUAAUAAAAUGUGCAUGCGUUUUACACAACUUUAUACGCACAAGAGAAGGUAAAAUGUACACGAUUCGAAAUAUGCAUGCAGUUCAAAACAUUCAACUUCAUCAUCAAGUUGAAAAUGUGAAUCAUAAUGUAAGAACAGCAACAGGAAUCCGGGAAUAUAUUAGUGAUUACUUCAUGAAACCUGGUAUACCGUCCCAAUGGGAACAUACAGUUCAAAAUGAGUGA